AUGGCAGCCCACACUGCAGGCCGGUCACUCUUCUUAGGGACUUUCAUUCAUAGUAACAGCUUGGAUGAGUUGAGCUAUCUGCACAAGACAGCAGUCUGCGUUGACGAGAAAGGGGUCAUUGUUGCGCUAGAGACCGAUUGUGACCAGACCAAAGCUGAAGAGACUCUCUAUCCUCAGCUGGGCUGGUCACGUGGAGAUGUCACCGUACGAACCGCCAAACACGGACAGUUCUUCUUUCCAGGAUUCAUAGAUACCCAUAUCCAUGCCUCUCAGUAUCCGAAUGCUGGCAUUUUCGGCAAAUCCACCCUGCUCGACUGGCUUAACACGUACACCUUCCCCAUGGAAAGUAGUCUUGCCUCUCUCCCCAAAGCCAGAAAAGUAUAUACUCGCUGCAUCCAACGAACCCUUUCCCAUGGAACUACCACGGCCUCAUAUUAUGCCACCAUCUCCGUGCCAUCAACCAAUCUCUUGGCAGACCUCUGCCUCUCUUUUGGCCAAAGAGCCUUCAUCGGCCGCUGCUGCAUGGACAAUAUGUCCCCAGAUUUCUACCGCGAUGUCUCAGCUACUACCGCUCUAGCAGAUACGCGAGCAACCAUCGCGCAUAUCGCCGCCAUCGACCCUACCAAUGCUCUCGUCACACCCAUUCUGACCCCGCGUUUUGCACCCAGCUGCACAAGCGAGCUCAUGCACGGCCUCGGCGCGCUGCAAAAGGAGACUGGCCUCCCCGUGCAGACGCACAUCUCGGAGAACAAGAACGAGAUCGCGCUCGUCAAGUCCAUGUUCCCGGAACAUGCAUCAUAUGCGCAUGUCUAUGACGACCAUGGCUUGCUUGGGCCUAAGACGAUCCUGGCACAUGCGGUGCAUCUCUCUGAAGAAGAGGUAGAGUUGAUCAAGAAGAGAGAGUCGAAGAUCAGUCAUUGUCCGGCGAGUAACUCUGCCAUUACGUCUGGCACGGCCAAGGUAAGGAAGUUGUUGGAGAAAGGGAUUGAGAUCGGGUUAGGGACGGAUGUGAGUGGUGGGUACAGUCCCUCGAUUCUUGAGGCCGCUAGGCAGGCUCUCCUGGUCAGUCGCCAUGUGGCGAUGGAGGGAGAUGAUAAUUCCAAGUUGAGUAUCGAAGAGGUCUUGUAUUUGAGCACCAGGGGAGGCGCGCAGGUUGUUGGGUUGGAGAAGAAGAUUGGAGGUUUUGAAGUAGGGAUGGAAUGGGAUGCGCAGUUGAUUGGUUUAGGGCAGGUGGAAAGUGAUGAAGCUGAUCUCGGACCCGUUGAUAUCUUCGGGUGGGAGAGUUGGCCAGAGACGAUCGCAAAGUGGGUAUUCAACGGAGAUGAUAGGAAUACGCUUGCUGUCUGGGUGAAAGGAAGGCUGGUCCACGAGCGGAAGCUUUAG